CGAGUUUCAGCUGUAUGCUUUUUCUAUCUUCAUGAUCAUAUCUCCACUUGACUUCACAAAAGAAGACUUCUAUAACAGGAAUUGUUAAUAGUACAUGUCUAGCUUGGAGCAUUAUUUAUUGGAUGAACAUAUUUAGAAUCAUGCAUUGAUAUAUUUAUUUGGAUCGGAUAAAUAAUAUAUUGGUGCUUAAUUUAUCUCUUCAAAAUCAACGGAGAAAAUGAUUCUACCUCAUGAUAUGGAAUGCAUGAAGAUGGCCAUGUUAAAGCAUGAAGAAACAUUCAAACAACAGGUAUAUGAACUUCAUAGGCUAUAUCAAACCCAAAGGAUAUUGAUGAAGAACUUGCAAAUAAGCAUGCUGCAGAAUCAAGAAACUCAGAGUUUGAGAAAUAAUCCAUAUGUAUGCUUCGAGUAUCAAAACGACUUCAACAAGCCUCAAAAACAAGAUAAUCUUGCAAGUAAUAAUAAUGAGUACCACAUUGAUGGAAUUGGAAGCACAGAGAUCGAAAAUGAGUGUGAUAUCGAGCUCACGUUAGGCCCCACAAGCAGUUAUACCCGUAGGAAGAACAAAUCCGCGUUAACUAGACACCUAAAUUUGGAUUCUAUGCCAAGUUUUUCAACAUCUUCAACGGGUUUGAGUCACAAAACGAGAGAAAAUUUUGAUAGAUCAUUGAACCAGCCCCAUUGGUUGCGUAGAGUUUUAAUCUGAUCGAUAAUAAAAGGUGUGAUCAUAAACAGAUUAGAACUUAAUUAGUUCCUAGCUAGUUAGUUAAUUUUUUGUGUGAAACUUGGGUUUUUUUGUGUGUGUGUGUGUGUGCUUCUCCUAGUUAGUUAUCACUUGUUUGUGUUACAUUUUUUUCA